AUGAUGACCGACAACGCUCUAAAGGUACAGAGCCAGAAGAGAAACAAGGAUCAUAGAUUUUGCGCGACGCCACCUGUGCUGUUCUUCCGAGACGACGAGCAGGUGGGGCCUCUCGAGGUGCAUAUGGUCCCGAUUCCGUCGGCGAACGCUGGUGCGUUUACCAUCACAUGCUGGUGGCAAGAGCGGAUAGGUACGGAGACGCAGGAACCAACCGGUUGCAUCCUGUUCUUGGAUAGCAAACUUGAAAACCCUGGUGCUAAGAGAUUUCGGGAUGAUACCGCAACCAUAUUUAUGCUUUGGCAAGUUCAUGAUUCUAUGUUUAGAGAGGUACAAGACCAAGGAGAAGGAUACCGCAGCUCGAACAAAGUAUUCUUAAUUACACUCCUGGGUUACCUUGUUACGAGUAGUAUGUUGGCCGUAGAGGUAAUGAUCGAAAUGGCAGGGAAGGUCACUUUCAGUUGGUAUAUCGUGGAUGGGUCGAUAACUGGAAGCGCUGAGAUAACCAAUGUCUACUCCAAAACGAAGAAGUAUCGAGGAUAG